AUGCGAGUACUGCAGGUCCAGAGCCAAUACUUCACCGCUGAAGUUCAAGAACCUCUGACCGUUGACGACAUCAGUAGCAGGAACCUCCUACGAGUUCAGAGUUUCUCUCAGACUACAGAAGGGAGUUUUGAACACUGGCAAAGGUACGUGGCAGACGAGUGCAACGUCGGGUUUGAUCGGUACACACAGCUUCCAUUCUUCCUGACAGUGUGGAUCGAUGAGAAGGCGGAGCAUGCUCGCUUGAUGCUCUUCUCGGAUCACUAUAUGUCGGACGGGUAUUCGGAAUUUCCAUUGCGCCCUUCCUUCUACGAUAUGUGGCUGUCCAAGAAGCCACUACAAUCUACUGGAGCGAGAUGA